AGAGCUAGAAAAAGAGAAAGAGAGGAUAUUUAGAUAUUUUCUUGAAAGCUGAAGUCGGCGUCUUUGGCUCAAAACCCUCAUCACUUCAUCUCUUGUGCUUCUUCCUCAGUAGAGAGAGAAGGAUAUUUACAGAGAGAGAUGGAUUCAGAUCAAGGGAAGUUGUUUAUAGGAGGAAUAUCAUGGGAUACAACAGAAGAAAAGUUGACUGAAUAUUUUGGAAAGUAUGGAGAAGUAGUACAAACUGUGAUCAUGCGUGAUAAGAUUACAGGAAGACCCAGAGGUUUUGGAUUUGUUGUUUUUGCAGAUCCUUCUAUUCUUGAUAUGGUUCUUCAAGAUAAACAUACCAUUGAUGGUAGAACGGUUGAAGCUAAAAGAGCUUUAUCAAAAGAAGAGCAGCACACUUCUGUUAAAUCUGGAAACCCUAGUGCAGGUAGAAAUUUUGGAGGUGGGGGUAAUAUUAAGACAAAGAAGAUAUUUGUAGGAGGAUUGCCUCCAACCUUAACUGAGGAUGGUUUCCGUUCAUAUUUUGAGCAGUAUGGUACUGUAACAGAUGUAGUAGUUAUGUAUGAUCAAAGUACUCAGAGGCCUCGUGGAUUUGGUUUCAUCUCCUUUGAGUCUGAAGAUUCUGUCGAUAAUGUUCUUACAAAGUCCUUCCAUGAUUUGAAUGGGAAACUUGUGGAGGUUAAACGUGCUCUUCCAAAAGAUGCAAACCCUGGCGGGGGAGGUAAUGGUGGUGGACGUUCAGGUGGCGGUGGUUACCAAGGUUAUGGUGGUUCAGGUGGAAAUGGUGGUGCAUAUGAUGCACGUAUGGAUGCUAAUAGGUAUGUGCCACCUCAAGCCGGUGGAGGUGGGUUUCCAUAUGGUUCUGCUGGCUAUGGUGGCGGCGGCGGCUAUGGAUAUGGGGCUGCAAACAACGGUGUGGGCUAUGGUGGUUAUGGUUAUGGUGGGGCUAGUGCUGGAUUCAGUGGUCCUGCUGGACCUUAUGGAAAUCCCAAUGCUCCAAAUGCUGGCUAUGUGAGUGGGCCACCUGGUGCACCUAGGAGCCCAUGGGGUGCCCAAGCUCCUUCUGGUUUUGGUUCUGCUGGAUACGGUGCUAAUGCAGGCUAUGGAAAUACAGCUCCUUGGAAUGCUCCAGGUGCUGGUGGUGCUGCAGGUAGUGCUGGUGCAGGUUCUGCACCGACAGGUCAAUCUCCAAGUGGUGCUGCUGGUGGUUUUGGUAGUCAAGGUUAUGGAUAUGGUGGAUAUGGUGGGAGUGAUGGAUCUUAUGCUGCAAAUCAAGGUUCUUACGGGGCUGUAGGAGGGCGUGCUGGUAGUACCCCUACUAGCAAUGGUGGUGCCUCCGGUGGCGGGGGAGAGCAGCAAGGGUCAGGGUAUUUCGGUGGUGAUGCUAAUUCAGGUUUUUGGAGGUCUGACGCCUCACAAGCAGGAGCUUAUGGAGCUGCUCAAGCAACCUCAGGUGGGCAAAUGGGUUAUGGUGGUAGUGGGUAUGGAGGUGCUCAGUCUAGGCAGGCUCAACAGCAGUAAAUUACGGAUCGCUUCUGAAACUUCUACUAGAUAUUCUAGUACGAGGAAAGCUUUCUUCCUGCAGCCAUGCAUUGAUGAUUCUGAUUUUGCCGUGAACCCUACUCAUGAAGGGAGUGGCCGUGCAGGAUGACAACAGAUUUUGAGACUGGUUGGAUUGCUUUUUGCAGUUUUUCUUAUUUUGCUAGUUUAUAAAAAUUACUAUUGAUAGCUACUUCUUUUUCCCUAGUAUUCUAAUUCAAGCUGUAGUGUUAAAUUCUGUGUGUUUAGUUAUGUUAUGGUACUACCUGACAUCCUGCUCUUAUUUUCCCUUAUUUAGUCGUUCAUGCAAGCCUUUAACUCUC